AUGGCCAAAAGACGCACCAAGACGCGUACCCAUAUCAAACCAGCUCCGCAGGGCGGGACUUCCAAUCUGAAAAAUGGGGCUGCUUCGAUAAACCGGUCCCCAAAGAGCAUGGUGAUCCGCAUGGGUGCCGGAGAGGUUGGCCCAAGUGUGAGCCAGCUUGUUAAGGAUGUGCGGUCAAUGAUGGAGCCAGAUACAGCAUCGCGGUUAAAGGAGCGGAGGGGGAACAAAUUGAAGGAUUACACUGUCAUGACUGGCCCUCUAGGUGUUACUCAUUUACUUUUAUUCUCUAAGUCGUCCACCGGGAACACAAACCUCCGGAUAGCCCUCACACCGCGUGGCCCUACAUUGCAUUUUCGAGUCGAGAGUUACUCCCUAUGCAAAGAUGUUACCAAAGCACAAAAACAUCCAAGAGUCUCCAGCAAGAGCCAUAUGAGCCCUCCGCUACUUGUGAUGAACAAUUUUAUGACAUCCCAAUCCGAGGAAGAUACCAGCUCCAAGAAGAUACCCAAACAUCUAGAAUCGCUUACGACCACGGUUUUCCAAUCCCUUUUCCCUCCGAUCUCUCCUCAAGCCACACCUUUAUCCUCAAUCCGCCGUAUAAUGCUUCUCAACAGAGAGCUGCCAUCUGCAUCCAAUGGCAUAGACCAGGAUUCGUACGUGUUGAACCUGCGACACUAUGCCAUUACCACCAAACGACUUGAUAUAUCAAAACGAAUACGGCGGCUAGAUCCUCGAGAACAGCGGCGAAAAGACAAGAAGGACAGGACUGUACCGAACCUAGGUAAACUCAAUGAUGUGGCAGAGUAUUUGCUUGAUCCCUCUGCCGCCGGCUAUACCUCCGCGAGUGAAACUGAACUCGACACUGACGCCGAGGUUGAGGUGAUGGAAAGUACCACAAGAAAGGUAUUGAAUAAAAAGGAGCUGCAACGUAUGAAGGCCGGAGAGAAAAAGUCCAAAACCAUACCAUCACCGAACGUCGAAAAAAGAGCGGUGAAGUUGGUGGAGCUGGGACCUCGGAUGAGACUUAAGCUGAUGAAGGUGGAGGAAGGGCUGUGCGGAGGUAGAGUUAUGUGGCAUGCUCUUGUGAACAAAACCCAAGCCGAAGCGGAUAAAUUAGAAGAGACUUGGGAGCAAAGACGCAAAGAGAAGGAGCUUCGGAGGCAAAUACAAAAGGAAAACGUCGAGAAGAAGAAAAAGGCAAAGGCCAACGAUGGCCAAGCUGCCGAUGCCGAAGAUAAAAUGGACGAAGCCGGAGACAGCGAGAUGUGGGAUAGUGAAGAUUUCAGCGAGCAUGAAGAACACGAUGAUGAAGAUUGA